AUGGCUCCUUUUGGGGAUACUCGACAGCCGAUGCUGGUCGAGACGGAUCACAAGAUUGCUCGCAAGCCGGUCGCCGUGAGAAGCUCGACCCAGUACACGUAUUUCACGGUCGAGACGCCUCUGGAGACGCCCUGCUCGCCCCCCGACGCCAAGGAUAAGAAGUGGGCGGGCAGAAUCGGAGCGAGUGAAAAGAGUGCUUCGACGGACGACGGACGGGUGAUGACCGACGGGGUGUCUGUUCACCCGCCGUGGCGACCGCAUUGGCUGCGGCCGGUUGCUCUCGCGGGCUUUGCUGGGCUCUUCCUUUGCAUUACCAUUGCUCUCCCCGUCAUGCUGUGGUAUUCCGAACGCAACGAUGGUAUUGUCAAGACUACACAGGACUUUGGAUAUGUGUGGAGGUUUGGUCCGACGGCCGUCUUCACGCUCAUCGCCGCCUUCUGGACCAGAGUCGAGCUGCAGUCCAUGAGAUACAUGCCCUGGAUCGCCCUCCGCCGCGGACAGCCCCUCGAUCCCGAUCUGGACUACACCGCCAUGCUCAUGCCCGCCGUUCUCUACCAGUCGCUCCGUCGCAAACACUGGCUCGUGUUCCUGGUCUCCGUCACCUCGCUUCUGCUCAGGGCCGAGAUCGUGCUCGCCCCCGGUCUGUUCCGGCUCGCUCCCAUUCGGGUCCGAGAGCCCGUCGACAUCAAGACGAGGGAUUCUUUCAACCUGAACUGGUCUACCGCGGACUAUUACAGGGAGACUUUAAUUGGCUAUUACGCCGCCCGAGCGAUCCACGAUUUCGACAUGGCGUAUCCCUUCGGCGUCACCGGCGAGGCGGCCUACCAGACGUUCCAGCUCACCAAGGACGGGUCCCGCGGAACGACCACUGCGCCUCUCAGGACCGAGGUGGACGCCUUCUUCACCAACAUGACGUGCCUCAAACUCGAGAGCUACUCGGUAACAAAUAUACAAAAUGCUUCGACGUCUUCUACCACCGGAAACUUACAGCCCUCGGAGACUUACGGGCGCUACUACUUCGCCAACGUCUCUCUACUCUUUGAAGGCUGCCAGCAAGAGGUGCCGAUACGCGUCGCGACGUCUGAUAGGCCAAGGACCGGCGGCGAUAAGGCCCUGCUUACGACGGGAAACUUCGAGAAUUCCUGGUACGUCAUAAACAGUCUCGAACCACUACCGCGCCCCUGUCCCGGCCUCCCGCAGCAGCACCCGCAGUUCCUGUACUACGCCGGACAGUUUGAGCGCUUCAAGAAUGGGAACUCGACGGCUUCGCAGCGGGUGGAGCACAAAACUCUCGGCGCGGUGCUCUGCUCGCAGACCGCGUGGGUGUCAAAGGCCGAGGUCGACGACGACGGCAUCAGCCCCAACGUCACCGCGUUGGACGGCACGCCCACGACGCCCGUCGAGACUGAUCUUUGGAAAAUCUUGGGCGAAGCCGUGCCCCGCACCCCUGGUGGCUGGACGAGCCGGACUCAGAGCGGCGAGGAUUACGGUCCGGUCACGGGGGAGUUAUCUUUCGCCGGGACGCGCGACUUCGCCGACACUACCGACAAAUUGUACAACACCACUAUUAGCCUUUACCGGAGGCUUGCGCCGUUGCUUGGCCAUUACCUCUUUCGUGCCGAACAGGAAGGCGCGGGAGUCGGUGAGACCUCGACUGCUGUUGACAAACUGGAGUUUAACCGGCAGGUCUGCUGGGCCAUGAUCGCCGUAGCAGCCGCCAUGACCGUCAUCGUAAGCCUCGUGCUUGUUCGAUCUAGGCGUCACACUCAGGUGUGGCACCGGGAUCCUGCGACCAUCCUGGGGAGUCUCCUCUUCCUGAACGAUCAUCCGAGUCUGCGGGAGGCAUCCGAAAGGGACGAUGAAACGCUCAAGAGGAGCUGGAGCGAGUGUUCUUUCUCCCCUCUAAUCAUCAGGCCUUGGGUUCAGUUUGUCUUUACCAUCUUUGUCUGUGGUCUUCUGGUGGGCCUCGGCACCACCCUGCAGUCGUCGAUAGAACACCACGGCCUGGCGACGGUGGAUGAAACCGGAUACUGGUAUCUCUUGUGGACGUCGCUCCCGGCCAUGAUCAUGCUCGGGGUCUCGCUCUACACCAGCUCCAACGACUUCGUUCUACGCAGUCUUUCUACCCUCUACAACCUAUCCGUCCGGCCCUGUACCUCCAAGCAACUGGACUCCUCCAUGCUCGACAUGCUCGGCAUACGCGCUCUGUACGAAGCGUCCCGCCAGAGGUCGUGGACGAUCGCUACCUCGCAGACCAUGGCGCUUAUUUGCGGCAUCUUGGCAACCCUCGCCACUAUUCUCUUCUCGGUGGAGACCGUGCCGACUUCGGUGGCGAUGCAGUUGGAUCAGAAGAGCUGGUUCGGAAACGUCGACAUCCCCAAAUAUAACGAAACGUCCGAAUUCCAGCACAACCGGGCGAAUCUCAGGAGUCUGCUGGUGUGGAAGGGCGAAGCCAACGUCACGUACCCGAAGAAUACGUAUGCCGACAUGGCGUUUCCCCUGAUCGACGAGUCGCGGUUGUACCUCCUGAACGCCACCAAACAAUCCACGAUACACCUCAGGAUGCCCGCCGCGAAGCUAACGUCGAGCUGCCAACGGUUGCCCAACGAUAAAUUCAACAUUACUCUGUCGAACUACACCGAGGCUUCGGGGGAGUUCACCAAAGAAACGGUCUACCAAGGACCCAUGCUCACAUGGGAGAAGUGCCCCGAUGGCAAGCUGGCAAUGCUGGGUCAGCAGUUCGUCGUGGGACGUAACCAGACCGGCAACAACCCGGGCACGUCGUACUUCGCCGACAUCCUCGAUUCCCCCGGGAACAUUUUCCACAUGAACCAGCAAUGCAAGCUCAAUAUCACUGACGUCAACGACAUGCUCGGCACGACGCUCCAGAAGACGUACGUGUGGGGCCAGUGGAACUACCUAGAAGCAAAGUUCGACCUCCUGCGCUUCUGGCGGUGCGACUACUUCUGGUCCGUCGUCAUGACGGACGUCACCCUCGUCAAGGGCGCCGACGGCCAGCUCACCAUCGACCAGAACAACCCCCCCGUCCCGGACAUGUCCACGGCCACCAGCUUCGACCCGCCGAUGAACGUCCUCCCGGACGACCGCGACCUCGCCAAGAGCUACGCGGGCUCCAUGCCGGAGCUGGGGUCCGCGAACCCCGACAUCUUCGUCAGCGACCCCUCCGCCGGCGACGUCAACCCCUCGUUCCGUCCCAUGAUCCAGCCCUACGGCACGCUCGCGCCCGAGGCCUUCGGCGACCCCGCCAUGGAGGACCGCAUCCUCGAGGCGCUCCACGCCAACUGGGGCUUCUCCAGCGCCCAGACGCUCAACCUCGAGAACCGCCUCGGCGUCGGCGAACCCUCCCGCACCGCGCCCUUCCCGGCCGCCGGCCUGGCCCCCGUGGAGGCCGUGGUGGUCGACGACGGGCGGCGGAGGCUCGUGCAGAACGCCACGGUCACGUACGUCGUCGUCGCGAUCCUGGGGUUCGUGGCGUGCAUGAACAUCUGGACCGUCUUCUCGCGCGUCAUGAGGCGCUACGCCGGCGUCCAGUGGCGCUGGUUCAGCAUGGACGUGCGGGGCCUCGCGCCGGACCGCUUCGGGAGCCUCGGGUUGACCGCCAGCCUGCUCUGGGACUCCAACGCCGCGGAGAACAUACCCGCGCGGUCCCGCGCGGUGGCGACGGGCGACGUGCACGGGAUGCUGAGCGACUUGCGCUUCCGGCUCGGCUGGUUCCGCAGGGGGGCGGACGGGGAGAGGAGGUUCACGGUGGGCGUGCUGGGGGAUGAGAAGUUCCAGUGGGUGGAGAGUAAGGCGGAGCGGGAGGGGAAGGGGAGGAUGGUCCCGAAGGGGCUUUAUGAGAAGGUCGGGAAUGGGUCGGAGGAGACGGGGUAUCGAGGAGGGGAGGGUGAGAUCAUCCUUUUUAAGAUGUCGUUCAAAGUUGACUCGGACCUCAAGCGUCCCAACACGUGGGAAGAACACUUCACAGAUAUCAUCGGCGGCAACGUAGCUGUUGCCAAGUGGCGACAUGUUCCGGACGAAUCGACCUUCGAUGACGACGAAGCGUUCCGCAUCAUCCGCGAUGCGAUACUCGAGCAGCACAAUGAUCCGCAACGACUGCGGAAGACCGCGAUCGAGAUAGCCGGUCUGCUUCCCGCGCAACAAUCGGCUGAUUAUCUUUCCUCUCUGUGGAGUUUAUUCAUCUCAUUGGCCCAGCAGACGCCGUCGAGCAAUGUUGCCAUGCUGGAUUUGGUGGUCAUCCUCGACCACCUCUCCAUGUCUCCCAAGACCACAAUAACAGUUACAGUGGACGGAUUUGAGCAGCUGAGCCGUCUCCACGGCCUGAACCAAAGUGUCCGGAAUCGCAUGGUGUCCCCCCACGUCUCCGACGAAGCGAUGGAGACGCUCACCAGGUGGAUCAACAUCAACGCCUUCGCCGCCCUGCUGUGGUCCUACAACCUCAUCGACGGCCGCGACCACGCGAUCCAGCAGCUCCGCUCCGCCUUCGAGGAGGACCGGCGCUCUUCCGACGUGAACGGCAAGGACGCGGCCGACGCGCGGCUCAUGGCCGCCGCCCAGUGGGCGAUCUACUCUUGCCAGCGGCUGUACCACCUGUCCGUCACGUCCGAGGCCACGUCGCCGAGCCCCGCGGACGGCAGCAGCAACUGCGACAAGCGCUGGAAGCCGGGCGCUCGGUUCAAGGGGCGUUCGGGGUUCUCGUUCCGGAGGUGGGAGUUUUGGCAGCAGGGGUUCGAGGAGGCUCAUGAUUUUGGAGGGGGAGGGAUUGAGGCCAAGGUUGAGGCGGAGGCGGCGGGUGGGAUGAUGGAGAAGGUUCUCUAUGCCGGGUUUGAGGUGAUUUGA